AAAGAUGGUGGUCACAGCAGAGAGAAGCAGAUGACUGUGGUACAAACAUUUGGAGAUGAUAAACUUUGCAUCGCCCGGGACUAGUGAAAUCCCCGCGUGCCCUUGCGUCACCGCCGCCCUGCUCGGAGCGGCAGAUAGCGAGACGCACCACGGCUGAAGAAGACCACCAAAGACCCCGAGACGCACUGCGUAUGUUCUACAGAAGCAUUUAUUUUACUUCAGCUUUAAUAUGUUGAAGUGAAACGCUCUGCCCAGAAUGAUGGCAGACUCCUGUGCUGUUCCAGACCAUUCCUCCAUGGAAGUUGAGGCUGAAUGCAGCACCAGUGCCUCAAAUGGGAAGUCCACUGAAGAGCCAAACAAAAAACUAAAAGUUGACUAUGAGCAUUCAACCAGUUUUUGGUUCUGUGAAGAAUGCAAGAAAUAUUUCUCGGAGGAGUGCCCUACCCAUGGGCCCCCUUUUUUUGUGCCAGACACCCCUGUGGAAUCAGGGGUUCCCAAUCGGGCAGCUCUCACUGUACCCUCAGGCAUUGAGAUCCGCAGAGAUGGUGAUAAGGUGGAUGUAUGCUGCAUGGAUGAAAACAUACCAAAGGGGGCGCUGUUUGGUCCUUAUCAAGGCCAAAUAAAUGCCUCGGAUAAACACUCAGGACCAUACUCUUGGAUGAUUGUUGGUAAGGACAACAAAAAUAAAUUCAUUGAUGGGAGUGAUGAAACUACGUCUAACUGGAUGAGGUUCAUUCUGAUUUCUUCUGAUGAGAGGAAAAAGAACCUGAGUGCAUUUCAACAUGGGGAAGAAAUCUACUUUAGAGUGUGUCAGAGACUGACGGUGGGAGAGAAACUCUGUGUGUGGUACAGCAGCGAGUACAUGAGGAGACUGCAGAGUGUGUCUCGGGACAGCAUCGACCGCAAUCUGGACACAGGAGUGAAAUUAGAAGAACAGGAGGAGCAUAAAGGUCCAGUGUUGAGAUCUGCAAUACAUGGUAGAAGGACCCGAAGUAAGCAUGGAAGUGAUGAGGCAGAAAACCAGCCCCAGGCCAAGAAAAAGAAGAUUGACCUCAUUUUCAAAGAUGUCCUGGAAGCAUCUCUGGAGACUAAUCAAAGCCAGAACAACCCCCUGAACAGCACCUCAUCUUUUCCAAGAGCAAGAACAAAUGUCUGCCAGGUUUUCAGCCAGCUUGACGCAGAGUGUAAAGAGACUGUCUUCGCCUCUGGAUUGGCUUCCAUGGAACAUCACGAGAGUGGGAUUGAUGCAAAAUGCAUUAAAAUGGAAGAAACAGAAGAAGACGUGACCCUGCCCAAAGUAGGACCAUCAGCAUCUUUCUGCCCAAACUGUGUGAGGUUAAAACAACGAAUACGUGAGCUGGAGGCUGAGCUGCUUUGUCUCAGAGGACAGGGGCAUGCUGAAAUUAAGCCAGUCCCACCAUUUGAGCCCUUUCAUAGUGAGGACCUCAAAGAUGCCAUGAUGCCCGUCCCAGGAGUGCUUGAGGAAGAUGACCAGGAUGUUGAUUCUGCUGAUGAAUCAAUUUCUGCUGACCUCAUGGCGGCUACGGAUGAGUCUUCGAAGCUCUCGGUGGGCUCAGGUCGUCGGAUUCGUCGCUUCAAACAGGAGUGGCUGAAGAAGUUCUGGUUUCUCCGUUAUUCGCCCACACUGAAUGAAAUGUGGUGCCACGUGUGCCGACAAUACACUGUCCAGUCUUCCCGCACCUCUGCUUUUAUUAUUGGUUCCAAGCAAUUCAAAAUCCACACUAUUAAACUUCAUAGCCAGAGCAAUCUGCACAAGAAGUGUUUGCAGCUUUACAAACUUCGCAUGCACCCGGAGAAGACCGAGGAGAUGUGUCGUAACAUGAUGACUCUUUUCAAUGCUGCCUACCAUCUGGCUUUGGAAGGACGGCCAUUUUCCGAUCUGCGACCCUUGGCGGAGCUCCUCAAGAAGUGCGACCUCAAAGUGGUAGAUCAGUACAUGAAUGAAAAUGACUGUCAGAUUCUCAUCCAACACAUUGCUCGAGCAUUCAAAGAGGAUUUGGCUGAGAAGAUUCGGCUUUCGCCCUUUCUAAGCAUCAUCAUGGAUGGGCAGAAUGAUGAGCUCUUGGCUGAUACUGUUGCUGUUUACGUCCAGUUCACCACCACUGAUGGACUUCCUGCCACGGAGUUCCUUUCCCUACAAAGGCUUUGCGGAGGCAACGUGGAAGGCUACCUCCAGGCUGUGGAUCGUGCCUUUGGAGUCCUUGGUCUAAGACUUCAGGACAUGCUAGUUGUUGGCUUGGGAAUAGAUGGCUCAAACCUUUCCUCUAGUCUGAGGGCAAAAAUUUACAUAUCCGUACGAAAGACAAUCCCUUGGGUGUUGUGUCUACCUGUGAUGAUCCAUCGUCCCCAUUUGGAGGUUCUGGAUGCUAUCAGUGGAAAGGAACUGUCUUGCUUGGAGGAUCUGGAAAACAACUUGAAGCAACUUCUUAGCUUCUACCGGUAUUCUCCACGUAUGAUGGCUGAGUUGAAAUCAACAGCACCAACUCUGUCUGAGGAAACGAAGUUUCUUGGGGAUAUAAGAGCUGUGCGUUGGAUCAUAGGUGAACCCAAUGUUCUCACUGCCCUAAUCAAGGACUAUCUAGAGGUGGUUGCUCACUUGAAGAGCAUAAGCAGCCAAUCCCAGAGAGGCGAUGCUGCUGCCAUUGCUCUGUCUCUCCUACAGUUCCUGUUGGAUUAUCAGUCGGUGAAGCUGAUCUAUUUUCUGUUGGACAUCAUUGCUGUCUUUUCACGACUUGCGUUCAUCUUUCAGGGGGACUAUCUGUUGCCAUCACAGGUGGAUGCAAAAAUUGAGGAUGCCAUUCAUGAGAUUGGUCAAUUGGUGGACUCCCCAGGGGAGCACCUACAGGAGUUUGAGGACAACUUUCGGGAGAGUUUUAAUGGCGUGGACCUCAAGAACUUGCGGGUUGCUGAGUCCAAGUUUCAGUCCAUUCGAGAGAAGAUCUGUCAGCGAAGUCAAGGCAUCCUGGCCCAACGUUUUGAUCCACUCAGUCGCUCAGUGGUUCAGGCUUGUCAGGUCCUUGACCUGGCCUCGUGGCCUCUUAACAGGGAUGAUCUUGGUGCAUAUGGAGAGAAGGAGAUCCUUGUCAUUUUUGACCACCUGGAGACUAUUCCUUCCUCUGGCCGUGAGCUCUCUAAAGAGAGAAUAGAUGCCAGAGGAAGCCUUGUAGUUGAAUGGAGGGAUCUAAAAGCUGAUUAUUGCAGUGUGAAUGGUUUUAAAGAAUUAGUCAGCCACAUCUUCAAAUACAAGCAACGUUUCCCUCUUCUCAAUCACAUCCUGCACGUUGUCAGGGUCCUGCCAACGUCAUCGACAUGCUGUGACAAAGGAAGAUGCUCGUUGCAGAAAGUGCGCAGAAAUUGCCGUUCCAGACUAACUCUGGAACAGAUCAAUGAUCUGCUCACCUUGGCCGUUAACGGGCCACCUAUCAGGAGCUUUGAUGGAAAGCGAGCUUUGGACAACUGGUUUGAAGAGAAAUCCGGGAACAGCUAUUCACCCUCGGCAGAAGUGCUGAGCAGAAUGCCCACCACCGAACAAAAGUCUGUGUUGCACAAUAUGGAUAUGAAUGCAUAUGAGUGUUAUCCAGAUAUUUAACUGAUCGGCACCAAUUACUCAGCCAACAUAAUUCCAAAAAGCCAUCUCGUUGGAAAAGGGCUGAUAAUGUGAUGUACUAUAAUGUGAUUGGCCAAGUAGUUUGACACUGGCCCUGCUGCUAAAAUGGCCUAGAUCAGCGUUUUCUCUAUGAAUUGGUUUAAAUGCCUUUGCAGGUCACAGGCACAUAAAACACUUUAAAAUGUUCAUGUGAUGUGUUGAUAUGUGUUUUUGUUCCAAAGAGAAACUAGGCUAUUUUCUAGUCACAAGGAUUGUUGCCGUAAGGUGAAUGUUUGACUAAGCACCAUUUCAUCAGAUAUUGGUGAGUGAAGCCUCCUUACAGUCUUUUUUUAAUCUUUGAAAAGUCACCUUCUUGCAAAGACCGAUUCAACUAAAACCUUUAAUAAUAAAAAGUUUUAUUAUUAUAUCUGCAAUAUAAUUUGAGCAAUCAUUCUGUCUUUGUACGUAGACUUGUGUGUAUGGAAAUGAUAAAAAAAAAUUCCUCAAAUUUUCACAGCAUGCUCUUUAUGCUGGUUAUCACUAACUGGACUGGAAAUGGCCACUCUUUUGCCUAUUCCUAACAUUUUUUUUUUUUUUUUUUUAUAGAUACUCUUUAGUUAACCACUACUUUUAAGAUUAUCUGUCAAUCUUGAUUUGAUAAUAUGGCCCAUCAUACAGGUGCCGGUAAUGUGCAGUUUACACCAAAUCUGAUUUAAAGAUUUCAAAUAUAUAGCCUAAAUAUGCAAGGUUUAGCCUUACCGGAAAAAAAAGAAAAGUUUUCUCUGUGCUUUUAGCAUUUGCUAGUGCUUGAUUUCUGGUACAUAUUUUUAUGUACAGCUACCGGCUACUAUGCCAGAGCCCCUUAUGAGCCAUUCCAAAUUAUAGUUACAUUUUCUGAUUCCACAUCAAAGAAACAAAUAUAUAUUUACAUUUCAAUGCAGCAAAGAGGUGGUCUGCGUAGUCAAAGGUUUACUAAAAUGUUUAAUGAUAAAAAGAAAAUAUUUCAGCAUUAAUAACCCAAAAUUCUAGCACUGUCUGUCUCAGCAAUACUUUUCACCCAAUGCAAAUGUGUGUGCAUGUUGUCACCACUAGUAGGCGACACUGAACCUUGGAUUACAUUUUUGUAUUUGAAAGAAUAACACUACUUAAAUCACUAAGUCAUACAAGAACAAAGCUUUUAUAUUUUUAAUUUGUGUUAUUAUGUGCAUUCGUGUAUUCUAGAAUUGCAUGUGUUAUGGUCCGCAUCAUGUAUAUUUCACAUCAUUUUUGUUUUACCUUGCCUUCCACUAAAUUCCAUCUAUUAUACCUGUGCAAUAUAUAUAUAUUUUACACUUAAAUUGUAUAUUCUUAAAUACAAGCAAGUUUAAUACUAAUAAUAUUCAUUGAAACUGUGUAAUUUGGAGGUGUCCAACAUGACUGAGCAUGUUUUACAAGAUAACUUACUUGUGCUAAAAAUUUCCAUAUUUUUCAAGCCAUGACUGUUUUAAAAAAUGAUAAUCAAGGUAAAAAAAAAAAGAGUCACCUGUAGAGAUCUAUUAAUAGGCUUUUUUAACAGUAAUGUUUUCAAUGUUGCAGUUGAAAUUUAACAUGUCAAUUUUAUUCAUGCAGUUGUUAAAGCAUCAUUAUUAUCAGUUUAGAAAAUAUUGUAUUUUGUGAUAUGUCUCAGUUUAUCAAUUUUAAAUGCAGUAAUAUUGAAGAGUAUUGAUCGACGGUGACCUUCCAUGUGCUGCGAGGUUUUAUACAUUAUAUUAAUCAUACUGAAAUGGCUUGUCUUUAUUUUGAAAUAGAUUUAGAUUUUGCAAGUCUGAAUGUUUAGCAUGUGUUUAAAGGAUCCAUUUUUAUUCUUUUUUUUAAUGAAUGUACUUUUUAAAAACAGAAAUUUCAAUGUUCUACGCAAAAGAUUAGUCUCAUUUAAUUGGUUAAACUAUUGUGUUUCAAAGAAGCUAUUUUUGUUAGCAUUUCAUGCUUUAGUGAACAAUUGAUGGCAUAGCAUACCCACUUCUGAACUCAUGAGUAGCAAACGGAUUGUAAGGAUCUUUUAUCUAUGUGAAUGCUUAUGAAUGUUAGACUGUUACCUCACAGUGAGGUAUGCCAUCGAGUGAAUCUUCUCAUAUUGUGAGCUGUGUCAUAUCUUUAAUGGUGAAUUCUCAGAAAAUGAGCCAAAAUCAAGUCUGAUAUUAUUUAGUUAAUGCUUUAAUAUCUGUUUUCCUUUAAUCGAAUACUAUGUGUACCAAAUGUAAACGUUAUGUCUAGAUUCAUAAUUUUGUAUUUCCUUGAUUUAUAUGUCAUGUAAACACAAUCAUGUGCAUUGUCCGUAUCAUGAAUUAUUAGGAAAUGUUUUUAUCUGGGAGACACCAGGUCUUAGGCCUAAGGAACAAAGUUACUUCUGAUGUCAAGUUUAUUUUCGGACAAAAUAAGUGAGUGUUAGCUCCAUAUUUUCAUUCAGUUCCUUCUUGCAAAGAGAAAUAUGUGUUUUGCUUGGAUUUACACGUUAUACACCGCUUCUUCCUGAAAAAAUAACACUGGAACUCCAGAAUACGAACUACAUGUGAAAUGUAUGCCUGGGGAAUGUGUACAUGCAUUAUAGAAACCUGCUUAAAAUUACAGCAUAUGGAAACUAUAUUCAACAAAUAAUGGUUUAAUAAAGUUUUUUAAAAUGUG